UUAUCGUGCAUGAAAAAAAUGUGUCGAGUGCGUGCGGUGCGGUAAUGCGACGUGUUCCGACGAAUUCGUCAAUUUGAGAGGGGAAAACCGGCAAAUUCCGAAACGAUUUUGGGUGAUUUCACUCAUAUUAACAUAAGUUGGUGUAUUGCAGGUUAACACACAUUGAAGUCCUAGCCCUGGUCGUUCACAGGCCUCACCUAAUGUCUGGCAGUGCCAACAUUUCUGAUCCUGGUCUGCGGGCACGCACCAUGUCCUCCUUCCUAUACCAGCUGUCUGCGCGAGACAGGGAACUAGACCUCGUCCAUUUGGAUCACUGUUACUCCAAGUCAUGGAGCGCACACCCAGACGCCAGCCAUGCCAAGCCGGCCCGGUUACUGUUUGUCCCAAGGACCCUCCGACUUCGCCAGGACAGACAAAACGUUGUUGAACCAGAUAUACCCAUCGAUGUUGUCACCCCUUCGCCAUCCAACAUGGUUGCCUACGACAGUGGGAGGGCGCACUCCGUCAUGAACGAAUGCCAGCGGCACGUCAACUUUGCACGCUCCAGCACGUCGGAAGUGCACACGGACGAAGAAUGGGAGAAGAACCUUACUAAAAUUGGAUGGACCAAUCAACAGAAUAAGCUGUUUGAUAAGAUCAUCAAGCACAUGCAGUCAGAACGAUUGGCAAGACUAGCUUACGAUGGGAAUCCUAAUGAACCAGUGUUGAGGCGCAUCCAUCUCGACAAGUGCGCCAAGAAAGUCCGGAGAACGCUAGCCUCAAUCGGAUGGGACGCAAAGUUGACACAGUGGCUUCACAGCGUUUUGAUUGACAACCUUAGCUCCUCCCUCCUAGCUAUAUAUCUGGACGUCUUACAGACUCUCAAAUCGAAGGUGCCGGCCUUAAUUGAUAAGAUGAUCAGCCUGUCUACUUCCUCCAAUCGCUGCAGUGCCGCCAGCUCUGAAGCCCUGAUGCUGUUGCUGAAAAGGCCGUGGGAUCCCGCCAUUGGAGUUCUUAGUCAACACAAACCGAAGAAGCUCCCCGGAUCUCCACUGUUGGUAGUCACCCCCAGUGGCCCGUCCUUCCCCUCAAUGCCUACGUCGCGCCGGCUGCGCUUCUGGAACGCCCAGUUAGCCAACCUAGGCAAAGUCAUCCCUGUCACUACACACACAGUCAGUGGAGGUAGCAGUGUCGGUAUAGCGCAGUGUUUGGAACACAUGGUGGGCGCUGUGCGAACCAAAGUCAUGGAGUUGAAGAGCCAUUUUCCAAAUCGACCCAUUGUACUUAUCGGUUGGUCAGUUGGAGCUUUGGUGGCCUGCCAUGUCUCUCUUGUCGAACAUGUAACAGCGGUGGUGUGUCUCGGUUUCCCAGUAAUGGGAGUCAAUGGUGCAAGAGGGGGAGUCGACGAACCGCUCCUAGACAGCAAGACCCCGACGCUGUUUGUCGUGGGCCAAGAGUCCAGCGUUUGCACCCAGGACGACAUAGAGAACCUGAGAGAACACAUGCGAGCGGAGACAGGACUUGUGGUGGUCGGAGGAGCAGACGAGAAUCUCAGAAUGUCAAAGAUGAAGAAGCAGCUGGAUGGAGUGACACAGAGCAUGGUGGAUAGAUGCAUUCAGGAUGAAAUCAGUGAAUUCCUCUGCACCACCCUCACUACCUCUAUGAACGACAACUUUGAACGGCCGGAGUUGGAUCUGGACCACCGCAAGAGACGAGACAAGGAUAAAGACAAGGAACGCAAGAAGCGUAUCCACCGGGACUUGUCCCUGGAGCUGAAGGGGAGGAAGGCUCCGUCUGCAGGCAGGGGGCGACGCAGCAGCCUGCCUACUAUGUCCAGUCAGGAGUUUGCGUCAUUCUCCAACACACAACAGAGCCUCCACAAGUCCCAGCCUGAGAAGGGCCUGAAGCCCGGCCAGUCUGCCGGGCCUAGCUUCGGGGAGAAGUACGCCCAUUACCUGGCCAGCAUGGCUUCCAACAAACGAGAGUCUAAACUAGACACACUUCUGAAAGCAGAGGGCACCGCUGAUCAUCAAUCCAAAGAUGGUAAGGCUGGAUCCAGCGGCUCCUACAAGCGCCGACGCAGCAAGAGUCCCACAAGCUCCAAGCGUAAACAGAUCAAGCUGUCCUCCUUAGUUGCCAUGGCAACCAUGGCCGCCGCCUCUUCCUCAUCCUCCCAAGACUCCAUCAAGAGCCAGGAGAAGGCAGCAUCAUCCCAGGGCCUCAACGCCUCUGGUUCGAUCCCUACCACCGUGCCUGGAGUAGCUUCCUCCAGACCAUCUCUCCCGCAAUUGGCUUCCCCCAUCCCGACUUCGUCCCCCUUGGCCAUCACAGCCCCCCAGCUCUCUGGUCUCUUACAGAAGGUCUCAAGCAGCACCGCGGGCAAGAGCAUGACAAACAAAGGCGGAGAACUGCAUUUGGCUGUGACAUCUUCAGGGACUGGCACCAAACUGCAGGGUUCUGCAGGGUCAUCGUCUUCAGGUAUCGAGGGUUUGGGAAGCAACAGCGUAACGUUGGCACAGUUACAGCAGUUGGGCAUCUUGCCCUCGCACAUGGCACCCAGCACGCUGCUACAGGGCUUGAAUUUCAAUAUCCAGCGAGAAAGCUCAAAAUCUCCUGUUCCAAACCCACUUAGCCCAACACCUCUGGAAUCUUUGGGUACACAAACCAGCCAGUCAACGACCACCACUAAGGCUAAGCCAAGGAUGAGCACAGCGGGUAAGGUAGCACAGUCUAAUAGCGGUGUAGCCUCAACCUCAGCCACAGCCUCAGCCUCAGCCUUAUCAGAGCAGACUAUGAACUCAAACCAGUUCCAGGCAGCCGUGCAGCAAGCCGCUCUGGCCAUAGCUGGCAAGAUGAUGGCCAACAGUGGCCAGCUUCCAAGCAGCAGUGCCACAGGAGCCACUCCCACUACCAGCCAGGUAGCUUCCCUGGCAGGUCUUCUAAACAUCCCACAACUCGUGUCGGCUGCUUUGAAGAGUGUGCCACCAGCCACCACAGACAGCUCUGGGCAGGCCACCCUGAGAGCCCUAGAAAGCCUAGCCGAGAGGAAUCAAGAAGCUGCCGCCAGCUGUAAGGACCCUGGGAGUUCCACAGGCCACAUUGUUUCCCCUGAUGUAGCUCUACUGGGCCUCUUUGCCGCUCAAGGAGUGACUUCAACUGGCAAGCCCAGAGGUGCACCUCAGGGCUCAGCAAGAUUGAAAACUACCACAGCCACCGAAUCGCCAAUCCCAGCCAAGAAUGUGAAAAUCGACAAGGAGCAUGAGCAAGCCAUCCAGAAGCUCCAGUUCCAUGAUUUCCCACUCACCACCGUCUCACUGACCUCCUGCGCAUCCAUGGGGACAGUCACCAAAGCCAAAAUUCUGAACGACCUGGAAAAGGGCAAUGUGUCGGCCUUGAGCAGGCUGGAGAAGACCCUUCUUGGCAAGCCUCCAUCAGCCUCCCUCUCACAGCCAGCAACAAUCUCUACCAGCGCUUCUGGAUUAAUAACCCAGAGUCUCAUCUCAGAGGCUUCAUCUUCAACAAUCCCCUCUAACCAGACAUCACAGUCAGCAACCACUCCUACCAGCUCCAAGACUGACAUCAAAGCAACAUCCAUUGGCCCGGCAAAGGCAGGACCCACCACCAGCACCCCAUCUGGGAGCCUCCAGCCCGUGACCAGCACAUCAACCAAGACCAGUUCAGUUCAGGGGACCCUCUCAUCCUCAAUCCCUGCUGAAGUAAGCUCUUUGAAUCAUGGAUUGUCCCAGCCAUCCAGUGUAAGCAGCAGACAAACAACAACAACCAAAGGUACCCCUUUGCUAUCCACUAGCUCCAAGCCAACCACCACAUCAAUCACCAACGUUCCUACUACACCUUCCACCUAUAAGCCUCUGACAAGUAAAUUCCAACCCAAAAAUGUUCAGCUGCCCCAAGUCAAUUUACAGCCAGGUAACAGAAGUGAAAUACCAGGAGAGACAUUUUCCAAGUCUCAAUUCACUGGCAGAUCUUCCCCCGUCGUGAUCAGAUCAGACCUGACCGUAGUGACAGUCAAGAAGGCCAUUAACCAGCCUUCAGCUUUUAAACCGGCUCCCGUGGUUAAGGUCAUCUCUGCCACCAAGCCAGCGGUAAAGGGACCCCACAGCUCUGCCACAUCAUCGGGGGUUACCACAAUCAAUCACCCAACCACAAUUGCAAUUUCCAAGACCAGUGGUGCCGAGACAAAGACCACCCUAGAAUCGUCCACUCAGAAAAUGAUCCCUCUCUCUGCCAUCUCUGGAUCUUCCAAGAUGCUCUCAAAGACUCCUCUGAAGACAGCAGGGGAUGCAGACAUCAAAGCGAAGGAGCAUCAGCCACUGUCUUCAUCAACUUCUAAGACGAGCUCAGGAGAUGCAGGAGGCACAAAGAAUACUCCUCCAGAUUCACCAUCCUCCACAUCCCCCAGUGCCUCUCCUAAGACAGUCGGGCCAGGAGGUGAUGCAGACAACAAGACCAAAGGCAGCCAGGGUGCUCCAUCCACAGUCUACAUGUCGACCCGUACCAGAAGGGUCCGCACACCUCGACAAUAUUCAGACUACACAGAGUAAUGCCAAGUGGUGUUAGCCAGUAUCUUAGAUCUUAUCAUUCUCAAUAGGACAGCAUUCUCAAACUUGGCACCAAUUAGGUUUCUAAUCAUCAAUCCCAUUAGGCACCUUUGGUAAAUGAUAGUUAACAGUAGGUUUCUCAUCUCUGGAAAAAAUAAAUGAAUUAUUUUGGUCAGUUUUACAGACACACACAUCAACUUUGUGCAUAAAUUACUGUUAUACAUGUAGUACCCUUGCUAUCUGUCUAUGGGUUACAUACAACCAUGUCAAAAAUCUAGCAAUGUUCAAAAGUUU